AUGCUGUUCAACGCCCAGCAGCAGCUGCUGAGCCAGUCCAGCGUGAUCUGGUGGAUCUUGGUGCAGGGCGUGGUGGUGGCUGUGCUCAUGAGUCUGCUCUGGGGGCAGACGGCCUCCGUCUUCGGGGAAAGACACAGCCUCGCGAUGUUGUUGCUGACCCACUUUGGGGGCAUGGUGAGCACGACGUCCAGCGUGGUGUUCUACCCUUUCGUGGCCAGCUUCCCGCCGCUGUUUACGAGUGCUCUGGCGACGGGGGAAGGGCUCAGUGGGUCGCUAGCAGCUCUGUUGGGCAUUGUGCAAGACCCGGGAGGCGCUCUACGCUUCUCCGUCUCGGCGUUCUACCUCAUUUGUGGUGCAAUCAUGUGCUUCUCCCUGGCAGCGUUCGCCUUUCUGCAGUGUCAUCCAUGGGCUGAAGAAGUGAAGGCGUCAGAGGAGAAGGCGGUGGCAACUGAUCGAGAGGCAGAGGAAAACUCGCUGCUGUCACAGAGCUCGUGUGGUAGCUGCCCCAGCUCGACAAGUGCAAGUACUAUGACGUUUGCUUCGCCCACGUCGCCACAGAGCGCUGAAACAAUGUCUGGUGCUGCGGUGUUUCGGCAGGUGUGGCCGCUGCUGGCUUGCCAGUGGGUGUUGGCGGCCUUCUCAUUCGGCUGGCUGCCUUCUACCAUGCCCUACGUGUACAAGAAAUUUGCGGUGCAAGACGCAGAGGCAGCAACGGCACGUUUCCAGACCACUGCCAGCAUUGCGGCGCUAGUCCUCUCCCCGCUCGCUAGUGUGGUUACGACGUAA